AUGGAUGCGGCAGUAGCCCCGAUUCUGGUAAACCAACGUCCGUUGUCGAUCGAAUCCAUUCAGAUCGUCGAAGAAUCCGUAAACGAUAAUACGAUGGAUGAGGUUGAGUUGAAGCUAAAUACACGUGUGCAACUGCCUCUGGCACGGGAAGAUGAGACGCCGACUGCACAUGAACUGGCAGAUUACGAUGCCCUGCGACCGUCCAAGGAGAAUCGUUUGGUGUUUCGUCUGCGGAUAGAACAUUCAAGGCGAUCUCGCGAGACAGUAUCUCUACUAGAUGGCUUCGGAGUGGGUGAUGAAUAA